UCGGAGCGGCGCGGGGCCGGCAGGGAGCGCAGCGCAGCGCAGCGGGAGCCGAAGAGCGCGCAGAGCCUGCCAUGGGCAAAUCAGCUUCCAAGCAGUUUAAUGACGAGGUCCUGAAGGCCCACAAUGAGUACCGGAAGCAGCAUGGCGUCGCCCCGCUGAAGCUCUGCAAGAAGCUCAACCGGGAGGCUCAGCAGUAUUCAGAGGCCCUGGCCAGCACGAGGAUCCUCAAGCACAGCCCGGAGUCCAGUCGUGGCCAGUGCGGGGAGAACCUGGCGUGGGCAUCCUACGAUCAGACAGGAAAGGAGGUGGCUGAUAGAUGGUACAGUGAAAUAAAGAACUACAACUUUCAGCAGCCUGGCUUCACUUCCGGGACAGGACAUUUCACUGCCAUGGUAUGGAAGAAUACAAAGAAGAUGGGAGUGGGGAAGGCAUCUGCAGGUGAUGGGUCCUCCUUCGUGGUGGCUAGAUACUUCCCAGCAGGGAAUGUCGUCAACCAGGGCUUCUUUGAAGAAAAUGUCCUGCCUCCAAAGAAGUAAUUUGGCCAAUGUAACGGGCAGGUGGCAGACGUAAGAACUUGGAUUUGAAGUGCCUAGAACAACAAAAACUCAGCUGUGUGUCUGUCCCUGUGGGUGUAUGUGCUUGCUCGUGUGAUGCUGUGAGUCUCUUGAGCACACACUCGGUUUUACAGUUCUGCAUGAAUUCAUUCUUACCAAAGAAAUGAGCAUAUGAAGCCUUUACCUUGAUGGUUCCCUAGACUACAAUUAUUUGGACUUUGGAGGGGGGGGAAAUCAAUUUUUAAACUUUAAAAGAAUUUUUUAAGCAAACUCCUUUUGUACCUUUCUUACUUACAAUAUCCGUCCCUGGACUUUCUGUAUUCCAAAUGUUUGUGAUGCUGAGAAAAUGAAGUUCAUUUUAUGUGACCUUC